AUGACACGUGCAAAAUCCGGCAUUUUUAAACCACGACAUCGUGUUGACCUUGCUCACACGAACUCGAUACAUCUACAUCGUGCUCUCUUCGCCACUAAUGAGCCCAACACAUUUCAUAGUGCGUCAAAGGAUCCUAAAUGGAUCAAUGCUAUGGAAGAAGAAUUUCACGCUCUUAUAAAAAACAAUACCUGGACCCUUGUUCCACGACCGUCAAAUGCUAAUGUUGUCGGUUCCAAAUGGAUUUUUCGUACCAAAUUUAAAUCUGACGGUUCAAUUGAACGAUACAAAGCCCGUCUUGUUGCUCAAGGCUUCACCUAA